ACACCCAUCUCAUCCGCGAGCCUCGCCCUGCACGCUUGCUUCACUGGCCAGGACCGGGCGUUUCGACGGCAUGGCUGAGCUCGCGCUGGCGCAUCUGCCUUCGCUGCCGCCGCAAUCGCUGCCUCUGCUUCUCUCGCACCUGAGCGUAGCGCAUUCCGCGUCAUCGCCUGUGCCCUUCUCCCUGCUCAUCUCCUCAUUACGCGCCUCAUCGCUCUCAGCCGCUUCGACGGCCCCGCGACGAGCCUCGCACAUCCACCUGCCGCACUCAUACCCGGGGCGCUCCUUCUUGCUCAUCAGCACGCCCACUGCCCCGACACGCGCACAGCUGCGCGCUGAGGAAGCAUCAGCAUCACUUGGCGCUGAUGCGCUAGCACUGGCUGGCUUGGCACCCAACACGCCCGCCGCCUCUUCGUCGACCGCCAGCGGUAGUGCGACGCGCAGCACGCUCCUGACGCUCGCUGGGCCGGCCAGUACGCUCCUUCAACGACUCUCGCUGCCGCCGCCUCUGGGCGCGCCAGGCUCAGGCGAUGGUGCACGAGAGCUGCGAGGGAAAGGACCGGGCAACUGGGAGGAGAGGACGCGCGUCGUUGGCGAAGGGUUCGAGUGCAAAGUCGGAGACGCACGCGUCGUGCUGGCCAUGAUGCGACUUGGUGCGGGCAAGGGAGAGGAGAAGGGCGCGCUGUUGCUAGUCUCGACGCCCUCGUCACCAACAGCGACGCUCUCAGCGCCGCUGUUGCUCGCGCAACUGUUCCCCGCACAUCUGACGCCCGGCGGUGUGGUGCCCUUUACGCCAUCACUAGCCGCCUGGAGCGAGGUGCGGCCGGGCGCGAUGGGUGAGGAGGGCGGAGAGGAGAGGGCGCCGGGGGAGAAGGAGGCCGUGGCGUGGGAGGGCAUUUGCCGGAUGCUCAGUGUGCUGUAAUAGACGCGCUGCACUGCACUCUGAAG